UUUAUUUUUGCUAAAUUUGGCAAUCUUGCUGUACACUGCAUUGUGAGAAUAGGAAUUAAGUUUUCUAACCUACAAUAUUCUACAAUAUUCUAAAUACAAUAUUUCUUUUUCAAAUAAAAAAAUUAGUUUAUUAUAAACAAAUAGAAAAAUUUUUUUAUUAUUAUAAUGGCAGAAGCAAUGCGUCAAACCGUAGCUGGAAUGUUAAAAGGCAUUGAAAGAUAUAAUCCAGAUCAUUUAGCAACUCUAGAAAAAUAUGUUGAAAUACAAUCAAGAGAAAAUGCAUAUGAUUUGGAGGCUAAUUUAGCAGUUUUGAAACUGUAUCAAUUAAAUCCACAUAGAUUUAACAUGGAUAUCACAUGCCAAAUAUUGUUAAAAGCUUUAACAAAUCUUCCUCAUACCGAUUUUGUUCUUUGUAAAUGUCUUCUCAGUGAACGAAUUAUGCAAGAAAGCCCUAUUAAUCAAAUUAUGUAUUUGGGAGACAUUUUAGAACAAUGUGAUUUUCAACAUUUUUGGGAUAGAGUCCUUUCUAUGUCUGAUCUUUGUGAUAGAAUUGUAGGAUUUCAAGAUUCUAUAAGAAAAUUUGUUUGUCAUGUAGUAGGAAUCACAUUCCAAACAAUAGAUAAAAGUCUUCUAGCACAACUUCUUGGAGGUGUUGAUGAUCCUACAUUAAAACAUUGGGUAAAAAAAUAUGGAUGGAAAGAAGAAAGCAAAUCUAUUAUUUUUAUCGCCAAUCAAGAUGAAAAUAUCAAGACAAAAAAUAUUACAGAAAAAAUAGAUUUUGAAAAUGUUGCUGGUUUAAUGGCUGCUUGUCUAUGAAAUUUAUAUCUUAAAUUUUUUUAAACAAAAUUUCUUGUUUUUCUUAUAAUCUAUCUUUUCUUAUAAUAUAAUACUUUUUUAUGUAUAAUAAUUUUAUAACAUAUAUAUAAAUGUCAUAAAAAAAAUAUACAUUUUGCACAUUAUUUAAAUACAAUUGAAUUAUAUUAAUAUUCUUAAAAAAUUGAAGACUAGUACAAUUGAAAUAUUUUAACAAAAAAUAUUUUUAAAAAAUGACAUUUCAAGAAAUUUUUGAAAGAUACUAAAAAAUUUAAUUAUAUAUUCUACAAGUUUUACUAAGAUUUUGUUGAAUAUAUUCAAUGACUAAUAUUACAUUCAAUGUGAUUACUAACAUUUUAGUCACAUGAAUAUUAAAUUUAAGUAUAUUUAAAUUUAUUUAAUUGUAUGGAAUGUCUCAUCAAUAAAUAUUAAAAAUUUAAUAAUUUA